AACCCGGCAGUAGCGGCUUUUUUUCUUUUCAACUCGUUACCGAAUCAACAUUGUCAAGAACACACACACAUACACUGAUAUAACUUUCGGUUGUAGUUGGAAAAAAAGCCUGUCAAUUUAAAGCUCAAAGGCUAUCAUUUUUAAUAUUCUUACAUUUUUUGAAUAUUUAACAAAAAAAAAAUAAAAAACAUAUCAGUUUUUAAUAAUGGCUUUAAAAAUCAGUAUUUUUAGUCUCUUUUUACUUCUGUGUUUACUGACAGAGAAAAUUUAUGCUGGACCAUAUUUUGAUGAAGAUGCAGACAUUGUGCCAGUUGAACCUGAUUACGCCAAUAAUAAUGAAUUGGAGAACAUAAUGGGGGCGGCUCAACAGAAACGUUCCCCGUACGUAUAUGUCUUUAGACGUGGCUGUAUUCGACGAGAUGGAAACUGCGAUCACCGACCCAACGACUGCUGCUACAGCUCAUCAUGUCGCUGCAAUCUUUGGGGAUCAAAUUGUCGUUGCCAACGUAUGGGACUUUUCCAGAAAUGGGGAUAAAUUCCUGAAUCUACUCCUGGUUCUUCGUGCAGCUCAUCUAUUUCUACUGUCUAGAUAAUAGCAUCUAUGUUUCCUUUUUCAUAUAUUCCUAGACUUUUAUUCGAUUCAUUUUGAAAUAUCCUAUGUGACAGUUAAGUAUUUUUAAACCUUUAAGCUUCAAGAUUAUUUUAUCUAUCAUCUUUUUCGUUAAGAUGUUAUAAAAGUAAAGUCCUUGGUGAAGAAAGAAUUGAUGAGCUUUCAUACAAUAGAAUAUCAUUCUGUAUUAUAUAUUUUGAUAAUAACAUUCUAUCAUCGCUCAAUACUUUUUUUUUUUAAUUGUUUUUUAAUCAACUCAAUAAACGCAAUGAUAUUUUUU